GGCAAAAUCCAUUUUUCAUAAUUUAGGCUUUGGCUCGCUCUGACCGCAGCUCUCCUUCGCGCUCCCUCUUCCUCUUCGUCUGUCUCCGGCAGUGCGUUUGAUCGGUGGAUCAAUGGCGUCGACUCUGUUCAAAACGAUUAUCGAAUCUUCCUCCAAAUUUCCAUCUUCGGCUAGAAAUCUGAGUCUUGUGAGCAACCAAAUCGGCCAGCACACCGCCAAAUGGAUGCAGGAUACAAGUAAGAAAUCUCCCAUGGAGUUGAUCAAUGAGGUUCCACCAAUCAAGGUCGAAGGCCGUAUCAUUGCUUGUGAGGGAGACAGCAAUCCUGCCCUUGGGCAUCCAAUCGAGUUCAUAUGCCUGGACCGGGAGGAGCCCGCCGUGUGCAAGUACUGUGGCCUGCGCUAUACUCAGGAUCAUCACCACUAGAAAAUCUGUAAGUCAUCGUUCGACCCAGAAACCCUAAACUUGGAAAGACGAUAUCCUACCUUUUCAAAAUUUGACUUCUGUAAUGCAAUGGCUGUAAUGGUUGUACUCCUGCCUGCAUAAAUAGGAAUUUGAGAACUCCAUUCACUCACACUUUAACAGGGUUCCAUUGUCUUUGCCAAAUUUGUUUCAUUGUUGGAAUGCAUUUGUUUAAUGACUUAUCUUGUUGACUUGAUUACCAAUAAAAGGUUUUUGAUAUCUUGAAGAUGC